AGCUCUUUGAUGUUCAUGGCCAAUAACGAGAAUCUGCAGAACAAGCUCUCAGAUCUCGUGGAGCGGCCUAAUUCCUCCAAUUUCAGUUGGAACUACGCCAUUUUCUGGCAGCUUUCCAAAUCCAAAUCCGGAGACCUGGUUUUAGGGUGGGGCGACGGUUGUUGCCGAGAGCCUCUGGAAGAAGAAGACUCGGAAGUUGCUCGAAUACUCAAUAUGAGGCUCGAAGAUGAAUCCCAACAAAGAAUGAGGAAAAGGGUUCUCCAGAAAUUGCAUAUGUCUUCGGGUGGGACCGACGAGGAUAGCUAUGCCUUUGGAUUGGAUAAGGUUACAGAUGCUGAGAUGUUCUUCUUAGCAUCAAUGUACUUUUCUUUCUCAAGGGGAGAAGGUGGGCCCGGUAGAUGCCUCGGAUCCGGUAAGCAUGUCUGGUUUUCCGAUACAUUGAAGUCUUCAACCGAUUAUUGCUUUCGUUCUUUUCUUGCCAAGUUGGCUGGUGUGAGAACUGUUGCCUUGAUUCCAACUGAUAUCGGUGUGGUUGAAUUGGGUUCGGUGAAAUGUAUUCCCGAAAGUCUGGAGCUCGGGAAUUUGAUUAGAUCUUCAUUCUCGUCAUUGUCUGGACUUGUUAGAGCAAAGAAAGCUGCUGCUGUAGCAGUGACAACCGACAAGAAAGACACACAAGUAGUUCCCAAGAUCUUCGGACAGGAUAUGUAUUCUAAUCAUACGCAAUUUAGACAGAAGAGUGUUGUUGGGAAAGUCGAAGAUAGCAAUAGACUUCCUUUCACAAACACUCAAAACGGUUUUCUCGGAUGGACGCAGUACGGCAACGUAAAACCCGUAAACCCCCCAUCGAAUAAUCUACACGAGCUUGUCAACAUGGCGAAAAAAGAGUAUCAAUUCAGCAAUUUUCAGACUCAAAAGAAGCCAGCACAAAUGCAGAUUGAUUUCGGUGGGGCUACUUCAAGAACUGUUAUUUCCAGGCCACGUAGUGCAGAAUCGGAGCAUUCAGAUGUUGACGAGGGUGUUGGAAUAUCGGGAGACAAUAGGUCUAGGAAGCGUGGGCGAAAGCCAGCCAAUGGAAGAGAAGAAGCUCUAAAUCAUGUCGAGGCAGAGAGGCAGAGGAGAGAGAAACUGAACCAGAGAUUCUACGCACUUCGUGCUGUUGUGCCGAAUAUUUCGAAGAUGGACAAAGCUUCCCUUUUAGGGGACGCGAUUGCUUACAUAACCGAACUUCAGAAGAAGCUCAAGGACAUGGAAUCCGAGGACGAAAGGGUAAUAACAGCGCCAAAUACGAAGAUACAAGAUUGUGCUCCGAGGAUCGAUAUUGAAACUGGCUGUGACGAAGUGACGGUGAAGGUCAUCUGCCCAUUGGACAGUCACCCUGUAUCGAGAGUCGUAGAAGCAAUCAAGAAUGUCAAUGCAACUAUCGUUGAUGCAAAUUUUGCUGCAGGGAGUGAGGAAGUGUUCCACACGUUUGUUGUAAAAUCUUCGCAAGGAUCGGAACAGCUGACUAAGGAUAAGCUGAUUGAAGCUUUUUCCGGUGAGUCCAAAUCUUUAUAGCAGUUUGUGUUAUGUUGGGUAAUAGAAGUGUAUGUUUUUAUUAUUUGACAAAGUCACAAGGCAUAAAUUAUGUGUAGUGAACUAAUUAAAUGGGGUUUGCAAGAUUUUGAUAUACAGCAGUAAAUGCUAUAUUAUUUUUUAACCUAGUA